AACAGCAGCAGGCGCUGUGAAUUGCGACAGCAGCAAAUGAUGACGACAAGAGCAGCUCUAAUCUGUUACUCUCAUUGGAAAGGCCAGGUGUUGACAGCAGAUGAGCUCCAUGUGCUUUAUGAAGGAAUCAAACUGAACAACGUACACCAGUAUGACUAUGUUUUAACAGGGUAUACCAGAGAUACAUCUUUCUUGGAGAUGGUAGUGGACAUUGUUCAGGAGCUAAAGAGAGCCAACCCUAACCUGGUGUACGUUUGUGACCCCGUCCUCGGUGACCAUGGAUCUAUGUACGUUCCUCAGAAUCUUUACCCGGUCUAUAAAAACAAGGUGGUUCCUGUUGCUGAUAUUAUUACUCCUAACCAGUUUGAGGCUGAAUUAUUGACGGGGAAGAAUAUCACCACAGAGAAAGACGCUGUAGAGGUUAUGGACCUUCUUCAUGCUAUGGGUCCUGACACAGUGGUCAUCACCUCCUCUGAUCUGCCCUCCAGACUUGGAGACCGCUUCCUGGUGUCAUUAGGCAGCCAGCGCCAUGUUCGUCCCGAUGGAAGCAGGACGACGGAGAGAGUCCGAAUAGAAGUGCCCAAAGUGGAUGCCGUCUUUGUAGGAACUGGAGAUUUAUUUGCUGCUAUGCUGCUAGCGUGGACACACCAUUACCCUAAUGACCUAAAGAUGGCCUGUGAGAAGACUUUUUCAGUGAUGCACCAUGUCAUCCAGAGGACCAUUGCUUAUGCUCAUGAGUUAGCAGGUCCUGGUCGGAGGCCCAGUCCACCCCAGCUGGAGCUGAGGAUGGUUCAAAGUAAAGCGGACAUAGAAGACCCUGCUAUAGUUACGGAGGCCACUGUCAUAUCCUAACAUAACGGAGCCAUAAGACUCAUACUAACCCAUAAAUCUCUCAAAUCCUGUAUCUCGGUAAAUCUCUCAUCAAUGUAAACCUUGACUGUCAUCUCCAAACUUCAACACCUCAUCAUCCAGACUCCUCAAACUCCUUUAGUAUUGUAACCCCCUUUAGUCCCGUCACCCUUUACCUCUUUAAGUCCUCAGUGUCCUGACCCUGUGAACCUUUUACCUGUAACUCCUAAAACCUUUUACCCAAACCAGAGCCAUGGAUAGACAGAACAUUUAGUUAGGUUUGACUGUGGCAGUGGCAUUGUUUCCUCUUGUCUGACAAGCAAUUUUGAAAGUUGUAGAGUCUGUUAUAUUUUUUACUAUAAGAUCCAUGAGCAUAUGAUAUAUAAUAAAUAAGGGUAAUAGAAAAAGGCAGAUAGAAGGAGGAUUAUUGGGGUUUUGGGAAACUAGCUGAGUUUUGAACCCACAAUUGAACAUUUUAAUAUAAAAUCAACUGAAUACGAAUCACCUUCUUACCCGUGCAGGAUCAUCGCGAUCAGCGCACAUAAAAAAUAUAUAGAAAAAAGAACCACUAUGUAGUGAGGCUGUCAAAAUGUUAGACUCUUCAGUGCUUAUUAAAUACCACGUUUUAAUGUGAUCUCCAUUAUUUUUAAAUUUGAUUGUACUGAAAGUACUGAAGCUCAAGAAACAGGUCUAGGGCCUUACUUUUAGCCUAAAGCUCACAAGAGCAAAAAAAAGAGAGAGAGCAGCAGUGGUGGAGUUUCCUAUAGAGAAAGCGAGAGGGAAUGCUGCUUAUGAAAUUAAAGAAGACAAACAGAAAAAUAAGAUGUUGUUUUUAAAAAUAAAUCACCACAGCUACACACAACACAACUGCACGAUGACUGUCGCUAUAAAUGUCCAAAUUAAGAGCGUUAAAAAAUACAAAGAUAUAGCACAAUUUCUGCAGGGAGCUACUCCUCCCAUCAAAUAUUUGGUAAAUCAGAGGAAUUGUUUUGUUUUGGUUAUACAAAUGGUACGUCAAAUGUUGGCCUUUGUUUAGUGACUUUUUCUGCAGAAGUGCUGUGUGGCAGAUUAGGAUUCAAAUAGGAUAAAACAACCACAUUUUGGGUGCCCAGUGGUUCAACUGUUGUUGCUUUGGUAAACAGAUAUUAAUUUGACUUUUAAUAGUAUCUUAUCUAAUUUCAGUAUCCUGGAAUUGUGAUACUCACCGGUGUAGUGAAGCCCACCGUUAAACAAUUCUGUAUCAAUGCAGAGAGGGAAGAAACUGAAUCUUCAAAGAUGGCAAAAAACAGAUUUUCGAAGCAUUACUAUUGUUUUCUUUUUUACAAGUAAUAAAUAUUCAGCACACUUGAUUAGAGGUGUUUUCUGAAGUUGGGAUAGCUCAUAUCAGACAAUCACACUCUACAGCCAUAAAAUUGGCUCCAGUUGGCUUUAUAUCUUUUUAAACAGUAAAGUGCUGAUUCAUUUUGACACAGUUGCACUCUUAACGAUGGCCCUACGCAUCAUUUGCCAAGUAGCAUGAUUGCAGCGCUGACACUGCUGGUACUGUAAGACUGUAGCACUGUUUAUCUAUGGCUCUGCCCACCAGUAUUUCAACCCCCUCCCCGUCUUACAGCAGUGAUGUAAUGGUGACCAAGUCAAACCCCCGAGACCCCCUGAAAAUAAAACAAAGGAAAAAAAAACGCACAAUGUAUAGUUGAUGUAUAGAUGUUGUACUAUAACUGUAUUGGACCAUCUGUAUGAUAUCUUCUAUCUGAUCUGUCUGUUGGAUCAUUGUGUUGAUGCUACUGUACUAUAGACCACACGCACUACAAUAUCACUUAAAACAGAGACUUCUGGGCUGCAUCUGGCACUCCUGGAGGCUCUACUAGCUCCAGUCUGUGUCACUUUGUUAGUAUUAGGUCAGUGUUUAAUAGUCAUAGUAUGUAGUUGAACCUUAUUCAUCACAAAACAAAGAUAACUUAGCAACCUGAGCUGUCGGAGCUGCCAAGGUAGAUUUAACUUGUGCUAGAACAACCAGAAAAAUUGGCUACCUGAGUGCCAGAACCAGCCCACAUCAUGCCGGACGGUUCCCGGCCCAGCUCUGGCCCAGAACCCUGUAUCAGAAAGAUGUGCCACUGAAUUUACUGGAGGCCUCAAGAGGUUGUUAAAGGAGACCUGACACUUCUCCAACGUCCCUUUGCAGCUCUGUAAACAUUUACCAUGGGAGUGUCUUUUUGAAUCACUUCACACUCCACUGAAAUCACAACAAGUAUGAAUUCUUAAAUGAAAAGACUUUUGCCUUAUUAGCAAAGCAAGAAAUGAGUGAACUGAUGUUAAGUCUCUCAAUAACAUUCAGUUUUUUUAUUGCUUAAUUUGUUUUUAUCAAACAUUUUUAAUGUUGAUUUUCACUAUGAAAAUAAUUCAUCUAGAGUGCUAACCACUUAUUCCCUAAGCACAAGAAGAGUGUAUCAUCCGCGAUUAGUCGUAAAGGAAAAAAAAAAAACUAUAUUCAGAUAACAAAAGAUCAAAUCCAUAAAUUCAAGAACAAAAUUUGAUAUUAUUUUACUUGGUAAUGUUAAAAUCCAUCAGUCCACUUUUUGAAUGUUCAUGUUUAUGUAUCCAAAAAGUUAGAUUGCUAGCUACACAACUAGCUAAUGAAACUUGCUACUUCAAAGCAGUCAUUUGAACUACUUUGAGGUUUCUGGCUUAUUCUACUAUGCCAGUCAACAUUUUUCACUAACUCUGUUUCCACCAUGGCGUUAAGGUUACAUUGUGAGGCAUUGGAAUAUUCAGUGUCCUCAGUGGAGUGUGAAAGGCAGAAGGCAAAAGAUGACCUGUAACAGUGGAUCAUGAGCUGGAUUCAAACCAGUGAUGUGUUAACAUGGCACGUGCCUUAGCCUGUAGAGAUAUCAGUAUCAACAAGAGAGAUAUUAUUAGAUUAUUUUUGUCCCGCCUUUUUCUUACAGAUUUGAAUGUGUAACAACUGAUUGAUAACAAGUCAACAAACUUCACUAAACAACAACUACGUUUUGGAAGAUCCAAACUAAAUAUUUGGAGGCUUUAAAAAAUAUUUGAAUCCAGAUUGUUUCAGUGUCACAACUGAUCUCGAUGUAAGGUUCUGGGCAGGCCAGUGUAAUUCUGUACUGCUGUUGUUUCUCUAUGGACUGUACUGUGAUACUGCCUUAGGACCUCACACUUCAACACCAUAACACCACUCACUGAGGGAGAGGAGGGGUGGAAGGAAACAUGACAUGUCUUAAAUGUGCAGGUACUUUUUCCAAGUAUUGCUCCACAGUGCACUGAGGUGGAAGAAAUAAGAUUGCAUAUGCUUAACUUCUCUGUUAAAAGCUAUUAAAUAGUUUUACAUUUUAAGUAAUAUGAUUUCAUUAUUCUAUGAAUUCAAAAAAUUGUUUUAGAAAUGAAAGAAAAUUAUACCAUCCCAGUUUCUCUGAAAAUGUUUCUUCCUGACGUAGGAUUUAACACGUGACGGUUUUGUGAGGAUUUAAGAUAGAAAAAAGCAACAAAUGUCAUAUUUUCAAAUCUGGAACUAGCAAAUCUUGAUCUGUUUAGCUCUGUAAAUUCUUUAGACAAAUAAUCAAAGUUAUGUCUGUUUUUGAAUUGUAUUUUUCUCACUCUACCCUGCGCCUUUUGUAGAUUAGACUUGAAGGUAAUGUGGAAACACCUCUCGGGCUAAUGGGAAAAAAAUGCAGUCUCAUUUUAAAAAUUGCAGAGUUGAUUUUUGUACUGGUAUAACUGUAUUUUGCCACUGUAGCACUGAUUGUCAUAUCAAUAACAGACUGCCGUGUCUGUGUGCUUGGCCAACCAGCUUUAUGCUCUGCUAUGAUCAACAUGUGCACUUUCCAAUCCUCUGCUUCCUGCUAACAAACCAGUCCGCUGUGUUAUUGGGUCAAAAAUGUGUCUGUAUCUGUUUGUGUGUUUCUGUGUGUUGUGUGUGGGAGAGUGUGUGUAUAUGUGUAUGUGUAUAUAAUUGUCCUUUAUGGUCACAGGGUUAUGUGUGUAUGUGUGCGCAUGUGAGAGGAGGAGGAGGAUAAAAGAAAAGACAGGAAUAGUGCACAUGAGAAGAGGAGGGGAGGUAUGUUCAAGAGGACAAUCACAGUUUUCCCUCUCAUCUACUUAAAAAAUAGACAAUUGUUUUUUGUUCUGGACUUAUCUGAAGGGGAACUGAACCAUACACAAUGUUUCCUUGAUGCCUCAUGUCCCCUCUGUCUCUUCCUCCCCCUCUGGCCAUCCCACAUGCAAAUCCUGCAGUGCCGGUUGUUGUGUCUGUAGCGAUCAGUUUUAAAACUUAAGCCUUGCUCUGUGUGUGUGUGUGUGUGUGUGUGUGUGUGUGUGUGUGUGUGUGUGUGUGUGUGUGAGUGUGCAUUAGAUAAACUUGUGCCUCCACUCACCCCCUGGCUUUACUACACCAUCACUCCUGUCCCUGCUUUUCCUGUUUCGGAUCUCAACUUGUCUCUUCCUCCAUUUGCUUGCUUUGUCUUUUGUGUCACAACCAAACCUCCCUGAUAAAAGAUAAUAUUGUUAUCUGCCCUGCUCCUCAAGCUGUCACAAACUCGUAAUCCUUUCCAACUGCUGCUCACUAGUUCAGUUAAAACCAUCCGAUUAUAUCUGAAUUGAAGAGCACCAGCUCUUUGUUAACUUGAUGAAAUGCCAUCCCAAAGUCUACUGCAAGUUCCAAGUAACUGUUGCUAGUUUCUAAUGACUAAACUUGCACCAUUACAGCUUCAGAAAUAUUGUGGUUAGUUAUCCGUAAAUUGGAUGUGUGAUGUGUUUUAAUCAUGGACUGUGGGCGUAACCCGUUGGUUUCUGAACUGACAUUGACGCCCAAAAAAAGGUGGUGGCCAUAUUGGAAAUUCAGACUCCAGCUGCUUUACAGCUAGUCUUCAGUUGAUCCUCCAGGCAAACAGCUAGAGUGCACCCACCUGUCAGUCAACGUACACACACCCUAUUUACACCAAAUCAUGCUUAACUCUUAUUCUUAAUAUGUUUAGAACAGACAAGUUUUACUAAAUUUCACCCUGUCCACAGCUCACAAAUACAGAAAUGAGACCAAAUUGGGUUUUUUUUUUGUCUAAUUUACUAGUAAACAUGACUGCAACAAAUAAGGCACCAAAAAGUUUGUUUGUUUGCAGGUGCUUCCUAAAGAUAUUUUGAUCAUAUCACUUUGUUAGCUCUGUCUGAAUUCAUCAGGCCCUUCACCUCUUGUCUUUUCUUAUUCAGACAGUAACAAGAGACCCAGCAUUCCCAUGUGCUUGCUUCUUACCAUUCACCACGCUUUCACCCCUCAUAUCUUCUCUUCCUCUCUGUACCCGUUGAUGACAAGACCCAUUUCCUCCUCUCAUCCCUGUCCGUUUGGUUACAAAAUGGCUGCCACUCAAAACUGAAAUGGUCCAACUGCCUAUGUCCGACAGUGUUCCCCUCCUCUCCUCCGAAUCAAGAGUUUCAUCUCUGCCAUCUUGUUUUUUCUAUGUUCUUGGUGGCCAAAACAAAACGAGGAAAUGUAAUAAUCAUUGUUUGGUAACUGUUUUUAGUGCUAUGUUUUUGGAGCGUUACGAGUAUUUUCUAACAUGUUACAAUAAAAGAUUGUAGUGUACAAAUUCACAUUUAUAAAAUAUAUAUAGAUAUAUAUGAGAAAUGUAUGUUCUAAUGCAAUAAAGAGAGAUUAAGAAUUA